AUGGCGGUGCGCAUCGCGGCCUUCGCUGCUUUGCUCGCUAUCGUUGGCGCAGCACCACAAGUCAGCUAUCCGUUUAACUCUCAAUUCCCACCGAUCGCACAUAUUGGCGAAUCGUACUCGUUCCAGUUCGCGCCAACAACUUUCAAGUCGGACUCAGGCAGCCUUGCGUACUCUUUGAACGACGGCCCUUCCUGGCUUUCGAUCGAUGGAAAGACUGGUACCAUUUCUGGAAUACCUGGAGCGCGCGAUGUCGGCACCGCAUCCUUUACGAUUACUGCAGCUGAAUCGGCUGGAGCUGUCGCAAACAUGGAAUCAACCUUGGUUGUGACCAAAGACGAUGGGCCACAAGUGAACGCGAACAUUUCCCAAGCUCUAUCAGCAGCUGGCCCCUUGUCCGGUCCGACGACUCUCGCGAUCAAGGCAUCUCAAGACUUCGAGAUAGUCUUUCCUUCAGACCUGUUUGACUCGGGCAGCAAACUGUCCUACUUCGCGACUCUCUCUGAUCACACUCCACUGCCUGCUUGGAUCAGCUUCGACCCAUCUACGCUGCGUCUCGCCGGAACGGCUCCGCCUACAAGCAUACCGCAAUUCUUUGGUGUACUCUUGAUUGCCUCGGAUAAACCAGGGUACGCUGCCGCCACUAUACAGUUCGCGCUAUCGAACAGCGUUCAUGAGUUCUACUUUCAACCAGCCAUGCAAACUUUGAACGUCACCAAGGGCGAAGACGUCCACAUCACUGGCCUGAAAAGUAAGCUCUAUCUGGAUCAGUCCCCUAUAAGCGAUAGAGACAUACAAUCGUCGGCCGCUGAAUUACCGGACUGGCUGGCCUUCGACGGCAGUUCUUUCGACAUAUCUGGAAAGGCACCUACCGAGCUCUCGUCCCAAGACCUGACUAUAUCGACGAACGACAUAUAUGGCGACUUGGCUCAGCACACCAUACGCUUGAAUGUCGUCUCAGAGCUGUUCUCCGGCACUGUCGGCACUCUGAACAUCACGUUGGGAGAGCUCUUCAAGUCCCGGCUCUCACGUUCAAUAAUGGCCAAAGAUGACGAAGUCGUAACGGUUGACUUCGCAACGCUGUCGGAUCACAUGCAUUUCGAUCCAAAUACAUUUACGAUUUUCGGCACAGUCCCUACAGAUAUAUCACCGCAGGUUGUACUAUGCACCAUCGCGGCCACAUCCAAGGACGGAAGCCUUGAGGAAUCUCAGCCGUUCAACAUCACACUUCUGGCUACAGCAGACUCCACAGCCAACAACGAUCUCACAAGAUCUGGCCAUGGUGACACAUUCGAUACUACCAAAACAGACACGAGCGGUCAACGUAAAGGCGUUAUUGUAGGCAUCGUUCUUGCGUCCAUCUGCGGCGCAGUACUGCUCGCUGCUUGCAUCUUCUGUAUAUGUCGAAAAAGGAAGCAGGCCAAGAGCCAUUCAAGUCCCAAGCCCGGAAGCCCAAGAAGCCCAAGAAAGUCCGAGAUUUCAAGACCGAUGUUCAUCCCCAUCGGCUGGCCAGAUAUUGAAGAGGAAGACCUCGAGAAGGGCAAAGACCACGAUGAUUCCUACUUGGAGCGAACUCCCGAACAUGCGCCGAAGAUCGAUGUCAAUCUACCUCACGAAUGCAGAGAUAGUGUUUCAGCGACAGACUCUAUGAAUGACGGCGACACCCGCAUACUGGAUGACUUCGGCGAGUCUUCAUGGGGCUACAUCAACAACAACUCUGCACCAUCAGAUCGCCCAGCCGACUCGAUGAAGAUUGCUGUUGAGCUAGCGAAACGAACGUCGCAAAACUCUUCAGGCUCCUUCCGAAAACACAAACGCCGGACUACAACUGUAUAUCGGGAUCAGAUCCACCGAAGCUCAGGACUUCCUGUCAAUCGACGCAUAACAGGCAUGGCACAUACCGGACACGGGCGCCACACCUACUCCCCAUCGAGGAGUAACAACAACUUCGGGUCACUGCACCGAGCCAUGAGCUCGAGUUCGUACUCUCGGCGUACGAGCAGUCUGUCUACUGUACCCACAGCCUGCCCUCAAGCACCAACCACUCGAUCCUGCCGACCGAAAGUGACAACUCCAACAGAAGAGCGCCACAGCAUACGUGUAGUGCCGUCAUCAACCCGCAGUAGCCUGGGCGAUCGCCGCACAAUGGAGGACAAGCGCAGUUCCUACAUACGGAAACGAGCUUCAGCUCAGUCACCGUUCUUCAGCGCUGGCUACCGUGCCUUGUCCUCGAGCUAUAGAUCGCCGCCCGCAUUCCUUACAGAGAAGCAGAAGAGAUCGCGAAACUUCGUCUCGCCUUCGAGAGCCAACACUAUCGUCAAGCCUAAUGAUGAUGUUGAGGAAGGCAAAGAGAAAGAGGUGCCUGGCACGCCUUCUGAGAGAAAAUCAGAGUCAAGGUUCCCAGGUAGUCUGCGCAAGCACCGGUCCACAAAAUCUUUGGCGAAAGAAGCGAAGAAAGCCAGAUCAUCGCCUCGGCCUACAUCAGCCAUGCCUACCGCUAGCACUAUAAUGAUUCGACGAGCCAGUACUCGCAAGAGUCUCCUCGCAUCGGAGUUGAAAGCUAGUUUGAAUGACCUCACAGGCUCUGAAAUCUACGACAAUGCGGAUCUGAGCGAGAGCGUCUACACAGACGAAGAGGACGACAUUGAAGGCUAUGGGAAGAGGACGACAGUCAAGCCUGGUCAGUAUAUGCUGCCUCCACUGAAUCUCGACUCAAGAAGAAGCGCUCUACGUGAGAAGAGGAGCAGUAAGCGCAACAGUCAACACAAAAACGAUGGCCGUGAGUUGAAGCGCACAAGCGAACGCGAGCCAACACCACAUUACCUAGCCAAAGAGCACGGCGGCAAGGAGAACAUGUCAUCCACCUACACUCUCGGCAAGAUCACCCCUAUCCCAGAAUCGAAGGUAAUCUCUCGCGCUGCACUGUCACCAGUGCGACCUACCUCAAACAACCUGGCUCGUAACUCACAAGCGAUCGCCGUUCCGCGCAAGUCCAUCCUGCGCGCACCACAGGCCCGCCCAGUUUCACGGGCUGGAUCAAACACUGGCUCCACUAUCGAGCGCCAUUCACGCCGCUCACUGCAUUCCCGCAACCAAUCUCGCGUGCCGGGUGACAGACGUACGCCUCGCGGACACUCACGCUCACAAUCCUCUGCGUUCCCGUUCUUCGACCCGAACGUCACCGAAGACACUACCAGUAUCGGCGAGGCCAUCGCCACACCUACACUUGCCGCAAAAACAGAAAACAAGGCGAAAGCUUCCUCGGUCACCCGCGAUCUGUCAGGCAACUUGAUCUAUUAUGGCGACGAGACGCUCAGAAGCAGCAGUAUGGUCUUCGACGCCCCGCCUGUGUCCGGUCGGCGUAUCUCGAAGGCACCGUCUGGUGUACCUGGCAGGCAAAGUGCGGGUCUGGGUCUGUAUCCGUCCGGGUCGAGCGCGGCCGAACUGAAUGGCGAGAGAAGGCGCAACCCGCUGAGCGAGGUGGGUGCGAGCGUGGACAUUGAGCGAGCUGAGACGCCAGGGAAGGGAAUGAGGACGUGGGGCGAGGGGCUGAAGAGUAUGAUAAGUAGGGGUAGCGUGUGGGGCUGGGAGAAGGAGAGGGAUGAUGUGAAGGUGUUUGUGUGA